UAACAUCAACGAAUUUGCAACUUAGGGUUAGAGAGAGAGAGAGGCGAUGGCCCAAGCUGCAGCAGAGGUAGAAGAGCUCCCGAGGACUAUCGUGCGCAGGGUGGUAAAGGAUAAAAUCUCCCGGGUAUCCGACGAAGCAGAAAUCUCUGUUAAAAAAGACGCUCUCCUCGCUUUCUCUGAGGGUGCCAGGAUCUUCAUCCAUUACCUCUCUGCUACGGCUAAUGACAUAUGCAAAGAUUCGAAGAGACAAACAAUCAAUGCGGACGAUGUUUUGAAAGCGAUUGAAGAAAUUGAAUUUCCAGAGUUUAUUGGGUCUCUGAGAGCCUCUCUUGAUGCUUUUAGAAGAAAGAAUGCUGUAAAGAAAGCAGGAGCUGCAAAGACAAAGGAAGCGAAGAAGAAAAGGAAAAUGGAAAACAAGCCCCCAGUGCAAAAUGGAGAUAGCUUGCAUGAGGAAGUUGAUGUUGGAGAAGGCAAUGAAGAUGAAUAGAUGAUGCUGCAGAGGUUAAUGACUGAGUGAGUUGGAUGUUUCCCAUUUUUAGACAGACAAAUGUAAAGAACACAAACGGAGCUUCAGUGCACUUUUCUCGUCUUACACAACUUGGAUGUUUCUCAUUUUCAGACUGAAAUAAAAUGAACACGAAUUAAGCUUCAA